CUGUCGUCAUAUAUUCUACUCAUUCCUCAAUCUCUCAUUUGAAUUAUUUAGAUAUUACAGUAGGGGUGCUCAUUAAUAAUUAGCAGGGAGAAAGCGAUGUUGAAAGACUUUAGCGUAGAGAUCGUUCGAACCACCAUCGUGCAAUCGCCUGUACCCACAAAAGAUUGCACGCUAAAAGGUUCCAACAUAGAUCUCACCGUUCCCGCCCUUAGUCCGGGGCACUUUUUUGUUCACAAAGCAGUGCAAGACAAGACAUACCAAGAGAUGGCAACCUCGAUUAAGAAGGCGCUCUCUCAGACAUUAGUAUUGUUUUAUCCAGUGGCCGGAAGGUUUAUCAUCAGCCAUAAUGGUGAGCCUGAGAUAGAGUGCAAUAAUCAAGGAGUGCCCUUCAUUGAAGCUGAAGCAGACGCUUCCAUUAAGGAUCUCGAUUUUUCUCAGCCAAGUUUAUCUGUAGCUAAACUGACUCCUACGAGGCACCCUCUCCAAGGAGAAUCCCCUCGUUCUGUUCCUGUUCUAGCUGUACAGGUGACGAGGAUGAAGUGUGAUGGAAUUGUAGUGAGUUGUUGUUUUGAUCACAGAAUAGUAGAUGGAAUAAGCAGCUGUAUUUUGUUUAAUGCAUGGACGGAGGCUGCUCGAGGUCUUUCAUUUUCCAUUACGCCUUGUUUUCAACGCUCACUCAUCAAUCCCCGCCAACCUCUCCACGCCGCUGCACUCCCUGAGAUUGAUAGUCAUUACAUGGCAUUGCCUUUCUCUGCUCUCACUCACACUCACCCUCUUCAACCCCAAAUUGGGCGCAUCUAUCAUUUGGAUGCUCUUACGCUUCUUCAAUUGCAGGCUCUUGCUAACAAAACUGAAGCAAAACCCCGUGUUGGCAAACCCAUAACAAAGAUGGAGGCAGUCUCUGCCUACAUUUGGAAAGUCUUUGCUCGCGCGCAGGCUUUGAGUUGUUCAGAAGCAACUAGAAUCGGCAUUCCAAUUGACGGGCGUGCAUACCUGAACCUCCCUCCCUCCUACUUCGGAAACGCGAUAGCAAUUCCUUUCAAGGAGAGUUAUGCAGAGGACAUAUUGGAGCAGCCAUUAAGCGAGAUAGCAGAAAUCGUACGCAAUGUUAUAUGUGCUUCAACAAACAGUGAGUAUUUCAGGUCCGUCGUGGAUUGGGUGGAGGAGAAGAGACCAGCAGCGAUAUUAGCGAGAGUUUAUGGGGAGGAAGGGUCUGCCCUGGUGGUGUCAUCCGGAGUGAGGAUCCCAUUAUAUGAAUUUGACUUGGGAUGUGGAAAGCCUGCGUUUUCAAGUGCAUAUUUUCCAUGGGGAGGAACAGCAGGGUAUGUAAUGUUGCAGGCGAGCCCCCUUGGAGAUGGGAAUAUGGUGGUGUAUAUGCACAUGGCCGAGAAGCAUCUAGAUGCCAUCGAAACUGAUCCUGAAUUUUUGUUCGUGAGGGCUAAUCGAAUGAAUUUCUGGUACCAGUAGGCAGCUUGUAGUUUAAAGAUCUAAGAAGAAUAGCAGUUAGCUUUCAUGUUUUCGUCCAGAAUAGGAUUCUUUUUGCUUAACUAAUAUUUUCGACAGUUUUAUUUGCUGUGUUGUACGCAACUGCCCCUAAAUCUGCCAGAUGUACAAAAUAUAAUGGCUUAAUUCUACAAGCAAUCAAGGAGAUGCCACCAUCAUGGGUACUCAUAGUUUAUGUGAUCAACUACUUUGAACGAUACAUGUAUUACCCUAAGUUAGAGGCAAUGUUGAGUUGAUGACGUAUAGUUCAUGGAACAACCUGUUGACAUGGAAGUGGACAGAGAAUUUGUCUACCUAGAUUUUGUACGUGGCAGAAUUUAAAAGAUUAAAGUUAUUGUUUUGGCUUUUAA